UGUUGCGAGGACUAUACUGUGGCUUUUUCGUGGUGAACGGCCGAUAUUUACGGAGGAAAGAUGGCUGCGCUCAUCGGACACGCCACUAAGGCAUGUAAUCGAGGAAUAUCGUCGUUACUUCGUGUUGUCACUGUAAGAGUCGAUGGGGUGAGGUACAAGCAGAAAGAGCCGCCUCUUCCACCCAGGAGCACCAUCAAGUGGAAGUUGGAGUGGAAUGAAAAAUCACUGGCUUCACGUGGGUUUCUGAGGCCACUGAAGCCUUACGAGCCGGCCCCAGAUGUAUCUCCAAGACUAGACAAUGUCUGCAAGGAUCAGGGAAUGUCUGCUGAUGACUCCACUAGGAUUGACGGACUCCCCAAGAAAUUUGACUUCCUCGUGGCUUGCGAGAAGGAAUUCAGUUAUUCCAUUCCAAAUUCUAGACUGCACACUAUGGAAACUAUUGGUGAUGUGAGGAAUUUCUACACGACGCCGAUUGUAACAGCCCUUCCCUUCGACCUAGCCAGAAAAACAGAAUUACCAAAGAACCUUCACAUCCAGUACGAGUACCACAGGUUCCACCCAGCCAACGAUACUAAAUUCGAUGGGAAGACAGCGUUCCCUUACAGCUCCACAAUCGUCACUGGGCUGAGGUACAAGAAGAAGUACAAGGGCCACAGGCAGAAGAAUCCGUUUGGAGAUGACUAUAAGUAGACAGUUUGAUAACGAUUCAUUCGCAAUGAAUAAAAUAUUUUGUUGAAGUCAA